CUCCCCUCCACACGCGCGACUGCCGCCAUGAGCCGCUCCGGAGGCGCGCGCGCGCCCGACGACCAGACGAAGCUCAAGAAGCAGCUGAACGAGCUCAUGAAGCUCGAGGAGAACAAGUUCUGCGCCGACUGCGGCUGCCGCGGGCCGCGCUGGGCCUCCAUCAACCUCGGCGUCUUCAUCUGCAUCGCGUGCUCGGGCAUCCACCGCAGCCUGGGCGUGCACCUGACCUUCGUGCGCAGCGUCAACCUGGACUCGUGGACCUCGGAGCAGGUGCAGCAGAUGCAGCGCUGGGGCAACGCGCGCGCCAAGGCCUACUACGAGGCCAACGUGCCGCGCGACUACCGCAUCCCGACCGAGCACUCGUCGGUGCGCGAGAAGGAGAUGUGGAUCCGCGAGAAGUACGAGCGCAAGCGCUUCGUGGGCGAGGCCCCGCGCGGCGAGAACGACGAGCGCGCGUCACGCCGCAAGAAGCACAGCAGCGACGAGGACGAGGAUGAUGAACAGGACGAGCGCGAGCGCCGUCGCGAGCGCCGCAAGGACAA